GAUACUAUACUAUUUUUCUCAAGAUAAACUUGCAAGCAUUUCCUUCUCUAGAUCUCUCUCACCAUCUGCGACUGAAUCUUGCAACAAAUCUCUCUGUGUGAAACCAUGGAUGGAGGUGCUGCUGCCAUUGAAGUUCUUGUUCAGAACCUGAUCAACGCUUUGAAGGAAGAGUACUCUUUGAUUCGAGGUCUCGAUGGAGCUGCCCAACAGCUGCAGAGGACUUUGGACAUGAUUCAAGCCUACUUGAAUGAUGCUGAGAAGAAAUCCAUCUCUGACAAGGCUGUCAAAGUAUGGUUAAAGCCAGCUUGAAGUUGUGGCUUUCGAUGCUGAUAAUGUGUUGGACGAACUCAGCUAUCAACUUCUCCGGAACCCUAGACACCCAAUCCCAGUCCCAAGGCCAAGGAUAGGGUACUAUCAUGCUUCUCAUUCUGCAAACGCAUUUCGCGUCGGCAUAAUAUGGCUCAAACUAUCAAAAAUAUCAAUGCGGAGUUUGAGUGUAUGAACAAAAAGGCAAUAGAUCUUCGCCUUCAAAGCAUACUUCUGAAUGCACCUGCUGCUGCGGCUGAAACUUCCAUUGAGACAGAUUCAUUUAGUCGUGAUCCAAUCUUUGUUGGAAGGGAUGAUGAUGUGCCCAUACUAGUUGACAUGGUCACCCAUAUCCCCGAAGAGCAGACCUUCUCCAUUGCUGCUCUUGUCGGAAUGGGGGGCAUGGGGAAGACUACGUUGACCAAGAAAGUCUUCAAUCAUGAAAGCAUAAUGUCUCGAUUCGAAUCACUUAUUUGGGUUCAUGUUUCUCAAACUUUUGAUCCAAUCAGUCUUUUCAACAAAAUCUAUUCAACGUUGACUUCAAAUACUGGUGAUAGAGUUGAGAUCAAGGAAGUUAUCCUGAAAAAUCUUCGAGAAGCUCUCAAGGCUAAAAAUUAUCUUCUUGUUCUUGAUGAUGUGUGGAACGAAGAUGCUUUGAAAUGGAAAGACUUUAUGAAUUCCAUGGAGGGGGUUACCUCUACAAAGGGCAAUUGCAUUAUCAUCACUACCAGGAAGGAAAAGGUUGCUUCAAUUACUGGGCCAUUUCAUGUUCAUCCUUUAAAAGGCUUAUCAAAUAAUGAUUGUUGGUCUAUUAUCAAAGCAAAUGCUAGUGAUGGAAAUGGAGAAGUUCCAUCAAGAUUUGAGAAUAUUGGAAGAGAGAUUGCAACAAGAUGUCAGGGUUUGCCCUUAGCUGCAAAUGUUGUUGGGGGUGUGCUUCGCCGCUGCAAGUCCGAACAAGAGUGGCGUUCUAUCAAAGAAAACUGGCUCUCGGAUGAUGAAGGAGGUGAUAAUAUCUCAAAUAUAUUGAAGUUGAGUUAUAAUCAUUUGCCUUCACCGUCACUCAAAAAGUGUUUUGCGUAUUGUUUGAUUUUUCCCAAAGGUCGGAAAAUCGAGAAGGAUGAGUUGAUUGAACUGUGGAUGGCAGAAGGGUUUCUUCAACCAAGCCGAAAAGAUGAUAUGGAGUCUGUGGGGAACAUGUUUUUUAAUGUGCUGCUACAGAACACUUUGUUGCAAGUUGCGAAGAGAGAUAAUUAUGAAAAUGUGGAAAGUUGGGUGAUGCACGAUCUCGUGCAUGAUCUCGCUUCUUCUGUUUUAUCUAAUAACUAGUAUUAACCCACGCGCUAUGCGCGACUUAAAAUAUUUUCGUACUA